AUGCAGGCACAGCAGAGGGUGGGACCACUGCACCGCCACCGAGUGACCCUCUCGUCGCCGGCAUCGCCGACCCGCUCCAACCUCGCCCUUGAACCUACCGCCAAAAUAACUUCCUCGGUCCCCAUCGCAUCCAUCCUCUCGACCACUCUCUCAUCCGCGGAUCCCGCCAGCUACCUCUCUUCCUCCGCAACCAUUGCGCAAACUACCGCCACGUCGUCCGACCUCUCCCUCGAUUCCUCCGCCGCCCUGCAUCGCGCAGCCCAGCAGCUCUACGACGCCGCCCAAGGGAAGGGUGUCCCCACGGAGAGCGGCGCCCGGCGCCAGGAGCAGCCUCGCAUGAGGUCCUCCAUCGCUUGCGCUCGCUGUCGCCGGAGCAAGGUCAAAUGCAUCAACAACGGGGUCAACACCACGUGUCGUGCGUGUGAGACCACCGGACGAGAGUGCACCUACCCUUCUCCGGCUGGAGGAGGCGCCGGCGGCGGCGGUGGUGGAUCGUCGAUUGGCGGCGCAACCAUCGGCCAAGUUCAUCGAAGGGAAGAAGCUCCUGGUGCGCUAAAUGGGUCGGAAAGAGGCCCGACGGACGAUCAAACCCCGAAACGUCAGCGGUUAAAGAGGACUAGUGUUGCGGGUGUAGUGCACCAUGCUUCCGGCAGAGACGGCGUUCGCGCGGCGGUGGACGCCCUUGAUCACAGUUUACUGACCGCUCGGGUGUGGACUGAACUCUUUGAGAUAUGGCAGCAACAUUUCUCCAUCGACCUCCCCUUUCUCCAUCCUCCGACCUUCUUGAAGCCGCUGCGUUCGGCCCCAAUGCAACCACCCCAGCUUCCUUCACUGCCCAGUACCUCAUCCCCUGACCACUCGACCCCUAUCACCCCUCCAGCUUCGCCCCUCCUACUCUGCGCAUUCCUUGCACUGACUUCUCGGUUUCAUCCCGUUCUCGUGGCGCAUCACUCUCCGUUAUCUUCGAACCGCCCAAGCAACCCCUUGAUCGCUGCCGAGUUUUACGCCGCCGCUGCGAGGUCCAGACUGGCUGGAAACCUCGGAGAUGGCCUGGGAAGUCCGGAUCUAGAACGCACACAAGCGUUGCUGAUGCUCGCUCUGCACGACUGGGGCAGCGGCCAGGGUUCGAAAGCCUGGGUCGCCGUGGGGGUCGCCAUCCGGAACGCGCAGAUCUUAGGCCUUCAGUACGAGACGGAGCUGGACGACGAGCCAUAUGCACGAUCUUUGCCGGCCGGAUUGGAACUCGAUCGACGUAACAGCCACUCGUCGGCCGCGGUUGGCAAGGACGACGCGUUCAUCGAACAGGAGAUCCGACGCCGCACCUUCUGGAGCUGCUUCGUCAUGGACCGAUAUCUAAGCACCGGCAAGUUCCGACCGCUGAUGUUAAACGUACGGGACUUCCGGAUUCAGCUGCCGAGUAGCGAGCGAGCGUUCUUGUUCGGGGAGAAAGUUCGCACUCUGAUGCUCACCGACGAAGCGGACGAUUCCGAUGGUCGUGCGGAUAUCCAGAAGAUUUUGCAUGGCGCUACUAACGGGGAUCGCCAUCGCAGCUCGUCGGCCGCAGGCUCUACGGGUACCGUGCCGAGAAACGUGCCUGAUCAGGAUGAUGGUGAUUCUGGUCGAUGGGAACUUGGUCAAGACGAGGGAAUUGUGAGCCGGUACGUCAAAUUAACCGAUCUAUACGGGAAAAUCGUAAGAUAUUCUUGCGGGGGCGGCAGACGGCGGGACAAACCUUACCCACCAUGGCAUGAACGUUCCACCUUCGCGAUGCUUCUCAAGCAAGUGAAUCAGUUCCGCGACCGUCUUCCGCGAGAUCUGACACUGACCUCCGCGAAUAUUUCUGCCCACGUCACGUCGCGCACAUCCACUUCAUAUGCGCUUCUCCAUGCCACUUUGAUCCUCUGCACCAUGAUCCUUCAUCGGGAGUUCCUACCAUUCCUGCCGCUGAAGCGCAAUCAGACUGCGGCUUCCGGUGGGUUUCAAGUGGAUGAACUAUCGGCACCGACCGGGUUCUACGAAGACAGCGCGAAGCAGCUAUUCAAGAGCGCUCGUGAAUUGAUUGAUCUGCUACAGACGUGUCAGGAAUGGGGUUAUGUGGUGCAGACCCCGAUCGCUGGAUUUGCCACGUACUUUGCUGCGCUGCUUGGAGUCUAUCGCAUGCACUUCCCUUGGAUGGAUCCGGAGGGGAGUCUUCACGGAAGAUCCACGGUUUCUCCUGGAAUGGUGCCUGGAGAUGCUCCACGGCAUGACACUCAAAACGAUGUACACGGAUUCCAGGCUACCCGCAAGGCCAUUGAAAUGGUCAGCAACACGAGGAAAGCCAUGUCAAUGGCGGAUGGCUGGCUUAAAGCAUUGCAAAAGACCCACUUAUACUUUGUUAAGGCCAAGCGAGAGUUCCGGCGUUCAUCGAGGUCCCCCCCAGGUACUGACACGAAUUUCGCGUUCGGUGGGCGUCCUGGUCAGCUACGGGAUGUUGCAGAUGUCGAAAACACGGGAGAUGUGCACAUGCUGGACGUCCUCUUCAGCGAGCUCGUUGGACUGGAUAACGCUGAUAUGGAGAUGGCUGAAGCCCCUGAGUCAGCCCGGAUGCAGCCGGGCAGCGGGGAGAUUGCGAGCGUUGGAAGCUCCGUCAUCAAGAAUGACAACGGCGUGCACGACGGCACUCCUGAUAGUGCAUCAAUGCGUCCAGAGCGGUGGAACGCAAUCAACAGCGCUCCCGCUAGCUCCCUACCUCGACGGGAUUCUCUUCCACUACUAAACGGCGUACAGCCGUCGUUCAAUCCCCUCUCCAACGCUCCCAACACUCAGUCCCCCCCUAUCAACCAAGCCAGCCCCCACCAGUCCGACUCUUCCUCUCACCCGGGUCAGACGCUUCCUUCCAUCGGGGCCUCGCCGAUGAUCUCUCCCGGUGGACCCGCCUCGCACAACCCGAACGCCACCACGUUUCUCCCCCCCACCUAUUCCGGCCAAUCGAGCGGGUACCCUCAACAACCGCUCUACUCCCCGAAGCAGGUUGAACGUACGGUCCUCCCGCCACCCAACACGUCCCAGCCGCCGCCAACGCUGGCGCACGCGCCGUGGUCGAUGGAGGUGCGGGAGACGUGGUUGAAGAGGCUCGACCUCCGCUUUACCGGCGACGACGUCUCCGCGUUCGUGGAGGGGAGCGAUUGGUCCGAGUGGGCGCUUUUUGCUACGGACAAACAGGGUGUCGGUGGUUGGCUCCACCUGGUGUGGGGCGGUAGUGCAUUGUGAUGCUCAUGUCGCCCGACUCCCGAGUCUCUAUUGCUUAUGUUAGGCGCCAUUUAUUUUCGUUGCAGACUGCUAUUUAGGAGGAUAUGAACAAGGUGGCCCUGGACGUGGGAUUCCAGCUGGCGGCCUUUUCCUGGGUUCUCUUAUCCGGCACGGGGCAUCAAAAGUCAAGUCCGAUACCUGACAGGCGUUCGUUUGUGGCAAUGCCAAAGGCC